AUGAGCGUGGGCGAUCGCCGCAGCGCCAGCCCCAGCAGCAACGUUCCCCUCGGCGUCGCUCUCCUGGUCAACGCGAGCUUCGCCGCCACGGAGCUGGCGAUCAGCUGUCGCCUGCGAGCCCCCGCUCUCCCCGUCACCGAUCUCCCCAAGAUUGGGCAGCCCAGCGCUCACCGCGAGCGCGAUCCCCCGCACAGCGCUCUCCGCGUCGAUCUCCGGCGAGGCGGGGGAGGGGUUCUCCUGGGCGACGAUGGGAUUCUGGGCGCCGCGAGCAAUCCCCCCCGCGUCCGCACUCGGCGGGCUCUGGUGGCCGUCGGGGCGCGAGCGACUGGUGAGCCAACUCACGUCCACAUCGAGGUGACCAACGGUCAUUCUCACGCCCUAGCCCCUGACGUCGCGGCCCCUCUGCGCGCGCCGGUAUUGAGCGAGUAUCAGCCCGCGCGGGAGGGGAGGGCGCUGUUCCGCACCCCUCGGCAGGUCCCUGGCUUCUCCGCGCAGCCCUUCUCGGGAGGCCGACUUCCGGGCCGGGAGACAGCGUAUCAGCGUGAGGCUCCGAUUGCACCUCCCCCCACUCGCGCGGGGAGAGACCCCAUGCUGACCAUGUGCCGGACGCUGAAUCUUGCGGAGGCGUGCGAGGUGGUGGUGAACCUGCAGAUGGCGGUGUGUGGGGCCAUGCGAAACUCUCCGGGCAGUUUCGCUCCAGGUCCCCGAGGAUCGUGCGCGACCUGGGCAGAAGCCCUCGCCCCGCUAUUGGCACCCGUGUCGGAAGCGCCCGCCGGGGUAGCGCCCUUAGCGCGUACCUUCCCCCGCCACGUGGAGGAUCUUCUUGUGGCCGCCCAAGAGGGGACCCCGGUGCGCAUGGUUCAGUCGUCGGCGCAGCUCCUUCUGGCGGUGUCGACGUGCAUGCGUUCGAUGCUUGAGGUGGAGGGGCCGGAGCCGUACACGAUGUAG